UUCCGGCUUCCCUCACAGGGGCGGUGCGGGGGGGGCGGUGCGCGGCUGAUGCAAGGCGGCGGAAGCGCGGGGCGGCCGCUUCCGGAGCGCUGCGGCAGCGCGGCCAUGGCCGGGGAGGUGCUGGGCAGGACGGCGGCGCUCGCGCUGGAGGAGCUGUAUGUGUCCGAACGAGAGGGCAGUGAUUCCACCGGCGAUGGGACACAGAAGAAACCGUUCAAAACUGUCUUAAAGGCUUUGAUGACAGCAGGAAAGGAACCGUUUCCUACUAUUUACGUGGAUUCACAAAAGGAAAAUGAGAGAUGGGCCAUUAUUUCAAAGUCACAGAUGAAAAAUGUCAAAAAACUGUGGCACAGGGAACAAAUGAAGAAUGAGGCUAAGGAGAAGAAAGAGGCAGAAGAUCUCUUGAGAAGAGAGAAGAACCUGGAGGAAGCUAAGAAAGUUGUUAUCAAGAAUGAUCCCAGUCUUCCAGAGCCAAAAUGUGUAAAGAUCUGUGCUCUGGAGGCUUAUAGAGGCAAGAGAGUAAAGAUUUUUGGCUGGAUUCACAGGUUACGUAGGCAAGGAAAAAAUCUCAUGUUCAUUGUUUUGAGAGAUGGCACAGGUUUUCUUCAGUGUGUCCUUUCAGAUGAACUGUGUCAGUGUUACAACGGGCUAAUUCUCUCCACAGAGAGCAGUGUUGCAGUGUAUGGUGUGCUGAACCUUGUUCCUGAAGGCAAGCAGGCUCCAGGAGGCCAUGAGCUGAACUGCGAUUACUGGGAGCUUAUAGGUCUGGCCCCAGCAGGAGGGGCUGACAAUCUCCUCAAUGAGGAUUCGGAGGUUGACGUGCAGCUUAACAACAGGCACAUGAUGAUUCGAGGCGAGAAUAUGUCCAAAAUCUUCAAGGUGCGCUCCAUGGUAGUACAGGCCUUCAGGGAUCACUUCUUUGCCAAUGGAUAUUAUGAAGUCACACCGCCGACUUUAGUCCAGACGCAGGUGGAAGGAGGUUCAACCUUAUUCAAGCUGGAUUAUUUUGGAGAAGAGGCAUACCUAACACAGUCGUCCCAGCUCUAUCUGGAGACCUGCAUUCCAGCAUUAGGAGAUGUUUUCUGUGUUGCUCAGUCAUACAGAGCUGAGCAAUCCAGGACACGCAGACACUUGGCAGAGUACACUCAUAUUGAAGCUGAAUGUCCCUUUAUAACUUUUGAGGAUUUGUUGGACCGUCUGGAGAACUUGGUGUGUGAUGUAGUUGACAGAGUCUUGGCGUCACCUGCAUCAAGCUUACUGUUGGAGCUAAACCCGGGCUUCAAGCCUCCCAAACGUCCUUUCCGAAGAAUGAACUACGCUGAAGCAAUUGAGUGGUUAAAGGAACACGACGUGAAGAAGGAAGAUGGUACUUAUUACGAGUUUGGGGAAGAUAUUCCUGAAGCUCCUGAGAGACUGAUGACAGACUCCAUUAAUGAGCCAAUCUUGUUGUGCCGAUUUCCUGCAGAGAUAAAGUCUUUCUAUAUGCAGCGCUGUCACGACGAUUCCCGUCUUACUGAAUCUGUUGAUGUGUUGAUGCCUAAUGUUGGUGAAAUUGUUGGAGGCUCCAUGCGUAUUUGGGACAGUGAGGAGCUACUGGAAGGCUAUAAGAGAGAGGGCAUUGAUCCCACGCCGUAUUACUGGUACACCGAUCAGAGAAAAUAUGGUACCUGUCCUCACGGUGGAUAUGGUUUGGGAUUAGAGCGGUUCCUGACCUGGAUUCUGAAUAGGCACCAUAUCCGAGAUGUCUGUCUCUAUCCACGCUUUGUCCAGCGCUGCAAACCAUAGCCAUCCUUGUGAUAAACUCCUAGGAAAUCAAGCAACUGAUGCUUGGAAAAGAACGAUACACUCUACUACGGCCCGUCUGAGAACAAGACUUACUGCAAGCUGUUGUUCAUAUAUUCAUUAAUUUGGUGUGUGAGAAAACCAUUUUUUAAGGAAAACGCUACUGAUUAACUGGAAGAAGCCUUAGAAAAAUAAUGUUAGGUGCAUUUAUGCUCUCAUGUCAACAUAAAACAAAAAUCCUAAGCUGGCGUUUUAGAUUUUUUUUUUUCUCUUGUGGUUUCUUUUGAAGAAAUCGGUUCAAGCUUUUUAAAUUCCCAAAUCCUGACCGCUGAGAGUGGUAUGAAGAAAUGUCUCUAAAUAGCUCAACAAAAUAUAAAGAUGGAGAAUAAUUGUGCUGUGCUUUUUUUUAAGCUUACUGCUUUUAAUGGAAGUUCUGUUUGAGUUUAUUCAGUUGUAAGCUAUGUAGUAUCAAGCGCUAAAUUCUACUGAAAGACUUUUGUUCUCCCAAAUUAUUUACUAUUAAUUCUAUUAAUUAAAAAUGGUAAGACUGAUUGUGGGGUAUGCUUUGAUACUCUUUCCUGAUGCCCAUGGAUGGAGUGCUACAGUGGGACCAUGAACUCCCAGCAUAAUCUGAAUUAUAGUAGGUGAGGAUGUGCUUAGAGACACCAGAUUGUUUGUGGUGCCUUUGAAACGAAGGUUAUUCCCUCUAUUUCAAACAAGAAAUGACUAACCGAAAACCCAAAGAAUCUGUAAUUUUGAAGUAUAAUUGGGUUUCAGCAUUGUGUGCUGACUGAAUUACUGUCCUCUCUUGAACUGUAAUUCGAGCAGUGCUUUCCCGCUUCGUGCUAAAGGAUGUUUUCACGGUAGAACAGUUUCCUUGCUAGCUUGGUGUACUCUUGUCCUGCUGCAUCUUAGCAGACUUUCUGGCUGUAUUCAGGUUAUCAAAUAGAAUUAAGUAUUUAAUGUGUUGAAUCAUCUGCAUCCUUUUUAGCCAUAAAUGCAAGCCUGUUUACUAGGAGGAAGAAAACCGAGACACUAUCUGGAUUUGCCAUUCAUGUUGAGCUGUGCGAUAUCCGUAUUUUUGUUAAUAAAAGGCUUUUUUCUUCAUCUUGCAUGUUAAAUAUACAAGCUGGUCUAAAUCAGCAACCAAUAAAUUAUGUCAACGCAAGUUGGUGUGCAGGACAGUA